AAUGGCUGCAGCAGCCUGGGCUGAGCCAGCUGAAGUCAGGAGUCAGGAAUUCCUUCUGGAUUUCCCGUGUGGGAGCAGGGGUCCAAGCACUUGGGCCAUCUUUCUCUGCUUUCCCAGGCACAUUAGCAGGAAGUCAGAUCAGAAGUGGAGCAGCUGGAACUGGAACUGUUGUUGCUCAUUUGAGGUGCCGGCAUUGCAGAAGGCAGCUUAGCUCACUGUGCCCCAUGCAGGUUCAGUCUCCACUUCUCAGAGGAGGAAGCAGAGCUGCAGGAAAUUAAAUGGCCAGGUUAGACUGAGGUCCUGCUGGGUGUUUAAGCCAGGUUUGUAUGAUAAUAGCUGUUUGACUCAUGUGCUUGGAAAGUGGGCAAGAUCCUGUCCUAAAGUGUAUAUGUGUGCUGUUUCCUGUGUUUUUGCUUCAGCAGCUGAGACCUGUGUAAUCCUAUAUGUGGGGAUCUUGUAUCCGCCUGGUCCCCACCACAGUCCGGCUUGUCCGUUCUCAGAACUGCUCUUCCUCUCGAUCCUUCAUGGAUCUGAAGACACUCAUUUCCUCCUUGAACGACUUUGCAUCGCUGUCUUUUGCGGAGAGUUGGGACAACGUGGGAUUGCUGGUAGAACCGAGCCCACCGCACACUGUAACCACGCUCUUCCUGACCAAUGACCUGACGGAGCAGGUGAUGGACGAGGCUCUGCAAAAGAAGGCCAACCUUAUCCUUUCCUACCAUCCACCCAUCUUUACUUCCCUAAAGCACCUCACCUGGACUUCGUGGAAAGAGCGCCUGGUGAUCCGGGCACUGGAGAACCGAGUGGGUAUCUACUCCCCUCACACAGCCUACGAUGCAGCGCCACAGGGAGUGAACCAUUGGUUGUCCAAAGGCCUCGGAGCCUGCACAUCCAGGCCCAUUCAACCUUGCAAAGCUGCCAACUGCCCUACAGAGGGAACCCACCGCGUAGAAUUCUACAUUAAGCACACUGAAGAUCUGGACAAGGUCAUGUCUGCAAUGAAAGAAAUUGCAGGUGUUUCUGUGGCUUCUCUUUCUGCUAGCAUUGAUGGCGAGGAACAAACACGGAUCAGCCUGAAUUGUACCGAGAAGGCUUUGCUGCAGGUGGUCGCCCAGCUCUCCCAGCACAGGCAGCUUUAUCAGAGAACUGAGAUUCUGUCCCUGGAGAAGCCUCUGCUUCCACAUACUGGAUUUGGACGAUUAUGCACCCUGGAUGAAUCUGUCUCCCUGGCAACCAUGAUUGAGCGAAUAAAAAGACACUUGAAACUAACUCAUGUUCGCCUAGCCCUAGGGGUAGGGAGGACCUUAGACUCGCCAGUCAAAGUUGUGGCCCUGUGUGCUGGUUCUGGCAGCAAGAUCCUGCAGGAUGUAAAGGCCGACCUCUACCUCACAGGUGAGAUGUCUCACCAUGAUGUUCUGAAUGCUGUUUCCCAAGGAGUAAAUGUCAUCCUCUGUGAACACAGCAACACCGAACGAGGCUUUCUUUCUGACCUUCGUGACAUGCUACAUGUCCACUUGGAGGGCAAGAUCAAUAUUAUCCUAUCAGAGACAGACAGAGACCCUCUGCACGUGGUGUAAGGUGCACAGGAACAUCAAGAUGACGUCAUCUGCAGAUCGGAUCUCAAAUCACGAUGCAACAUGGAUAUCCUUCUGCAAGAGUGUCUUAAGAUGUACAA